CUAAUUUUAUAGUAAGAAAUUCAACGUAUCCUAAUUUAACGACGUCGUUCACGGGGAAACAACCAUCGAAGCUCUGGAUCAAAUUAAUUAAUCCUUUCUUUUAGUGAUUGCAAGAGCUAGGAGGCCUAUUAAAUCUCUCCCCUAGAACUUGCAUAAAUUUCUACGGCCAUCUCCAAUGGCCUCCUACUUCCAGUAGCGAGGUGCCAGCAACAAUAUAAAUUAUAUCAAUCGCCGUACGUACGUGUUUCCUCCAUGGACCUGUUUAGGUCGUGACAUCGCCAAGCUCCUCCUCUUCCUCUGCUAUCCUUGCAAAUCAAUUGGACUCAUCGACCACCUCGAAGGUUCACUUUGGGGUGGUUGAUUCUGUGUGCUCGUUAUAAAGAAUUAAAAAGAAACAAGAAAGAAAAACAGAGCUGAGGCAAGUUUGGGUGAAAGCUGAUCGAUCAGGGAGAGAUGGGCACUUCUGUGAAGAAGGGGAUCCUAAAGCCCAUACGAUACAUUUCCCAAAUGUUCGAUCAGAAGGAGCCAGAAUUGCAAAUUGGCUUUCCGACUGAUGUCAAACACGUGGCCCACAUCGGAUCGGACGGCCCCAACACUAGCGAUCCAGGAUGGAUGAAGGAUUACCAUUCAGCUCCACUCAACCCCACGUGCGGAACGCCGGAGACAGACAGCGCCGCCGCGAAUACGUGGGGCUCUCAAGGCUCAGAUUUCUUGAGUGAGGGGAUCGAAGACUCCGCGGCCGGCGACGGAGGCGCGGACUCCAAGCCGCGACACUCGAGGCGGCACAAAUCCGACGACACGCCUGAUAUGGGUGCUGCUGCAGACUCGGCCGACGGCGGGGCGAAGAAGGGCCGGCGAGGACGCAAGAAGGAAGCGGCCUCCGCGGGCACGAACGCCGACGUUCCGGCGAUCCCCAAGAAGUCACACCGGCGGCGGUCCAAGGAUGAAGGGGCCGCGAAGACCUCCAAGUCGAAGGCAGCGCCGUCUGCCAAGUCUGAUGCAGCGGCGGAGGCGGAGAAGAACUCGGCACCAUCGGCGGCGGCAGGAGCCUCUUAAUUGUGAGUUCGAGACUGCCCGUGGGUACUGAAAACGGAUCGAUCAAUCGCGAGUGUAAGAGGCUGCAGGGACGAGAGAGAAGUAUUAGAGAACGUUUUUUUUGUGUGUGUUUGUCAUGGCCAACUGUGGUAACCACAAAAAAUGGCACACACAUGCAUGCAUGCAUGCUAUAAAAUUAUUUCGCAUGUUAUGA